GACUUCCUGUCCCGCGCAGGCAGAACUUCCGGCGGGGCCGGAAGACCCCUCUCCGUCGCGCUUUCGAGUGGUUGCGGACGGCGAGGUCAAGACGGGAGGUCCGGAGAGGUCCCUGGCCACUCCAGGACGUCUGGUCUGCGACCUGGCCUUGGCGUCAUGGGCGUGAUAGGUAUACAGCUGGUUGUUACCAUGGUGAUGGCCAGUGUCAUGCAGAAGAUUAUACCUCAUUAUUCUCUUGCUCGAUGGCUACUCUGUAAUGGCAGUUUGAGAUGGUAUCAACAUCCUACAGAAGAAGAGUUAAGAAUUCUUGCAGGGAAGCAGCAAAAAGGGAAAAGCAAAAAAGACAGGAAAUAUAAUGGUCACAUUGAAAGUAAGCCACUAACCAUUCCAAAGGACAUUGAUCUCCAUCUAGAAACAAAGUCAGUAACAGAAGUGGAUACAUUAGCAUUGCAUUACUUUCCAGAAUACCAGUGGCUGGUGGAUUUCACAGUGGCCGCGACAGUCGUGUACCUAGUGACCGAAGUCUACUACAGUUUGAUGAAGCCGACACAGGAAAUGAACAUUAGCUUGGUCUGGUGUCUGCUUGUUUUAUCUUUUGCAGUCAAAAUUCUAUUUUCAUUAACUACACAUUAUUUUAAAGUAGAAGAUGGUGGUGAAAGAUCACUUUGUGUCACCUUUGGAUUUUUUUUCUUUGUCAAAGCAAUGGCGGUCUUGAUUGUCACAGAAAACUAUCUGGAGUUUGGACUUGAAACAGGGUUUACAAAUUUUUCAGACAGUGCGAUGCAGUUUCUUGAAAAGCAGGGUUUAGAAUCUCAGGGUCCUGUUUCAAAACUUACUUUCAAAUUUUUCCUGGCUAUUUUCUGUUCACUCAUUGGGGCUUUUUUGACAUUCCCUGGAUUACGACUGGCUCAAAUGCAUCUGGAUGCCCUGAGUUUGACCACGGGAAAAAUUAAACAAACAUUACUUCAUAUCAACUUCUUGGCACCUUUAUUUAUGGUUCUGCUCUGGGUCAAACCAAUCACCAAAGACUACAUUAUGAACCCACCACUGGGUAAAGAAAGUAUACCUUUAAUGACGGAAGCUACAUUUGAUACUCUGCGACUGUGGUUAAUAGUCCUACUGUGCGCUUUACGGUUGGCCAUGAUGCGCAGUCAUCUUCAAGCCUACUUAAACUUAGCCCAGAAAUGUGUGGAUCAGAUGAAGAAAGAAGCAGGACGAAUAAGUACAGUUGAACUACAGAAAAUGGUGGCUCGAGUCUUUUAUUACCUUUGUGUCAUUGCACUGCAGUACGUGGCCCCUUUGGUGAUACUGCUUCACACAACCCUGCUUUUGAAAACUCUAGGUAAUCAUUCCUGGGGGAUUUAUCCAGAAUCUGUCUCUGCCUUACCUGUGGACAAUAAUAUGCCCUCCCAUUCUGCUGAUUCUGACUUGGCGUCUGCUGGUGGGAAGGUGAAGGUAACUGUCACACAAAUAACAGUGGCACUGAGCAGCUUGAAAACCAUUUUUACUCCUCUGCUUUUUCGAGGACUCCUGUCUUUUAUGACCUGGUGGAUUGCUGCUUGUCUCUUUUCUACAAGCCUUUUUGGACUUUUUUAUCAUCAGUAUUUGACUGUAGCAUGAGUCUCGGUCAACAAAAAAAGGAUAUUCAAGUCAUAACUUUGAAUUCAGAUACUUGUGCCCUUGAAGGACUGAUGAAAACAUGAAGAAA